GUGAGAAUGACUUACGCUGAUUUAUUGCGUCUAGCAUUCGUCAACGAGUAGGAUAUUUACUAGGACGCAGCUGGGGUAAACCUCAUUCCUAACCAGCCACUGUAUCUGGAUGAGGGACAUAUGGGAUGCCUCUUGGUAAUUGGGACAUCAAUUCUGCUGGCAGGUCCAGUGUCAAAUUAAUUAGCCGUAAGUCAUGUCACAACCUCUACAAAUCGAAUCCACCAACAGACCCGGUAGAGGAUUAUAUCAACGACACCGGUAAAAAGCUAAUCAUCCUCUUCAACGACGCUCCUAAGCCGCUACUGGACUAUACCAUAUCUCAUACGGAAGUCACACCCAGUCAGCUGACUAGUAUUAUCAAGAUCGUCGCCGAGGACUACACGAGUAGUAGGGUCGACGCCGUGGAGUUCUCUCGGAAUGAAAAAAGCCACUCCCAGUUCACCCUCAUCCGGAGCUAAUAUGUACACCACGGGGCCACGAUUAGAGUAAGAUGAAAUUAAAACAUAGCACCGUGGUAUGCUUUUUAGGUACCUCGGGAUCAAGUAUGAUGGUGGUCAGGGCCU